ACCAUUCAAAAAGAUGACAACUUGAUUGUCCCCAUAAGGCCCAAUCAUGCUAUAAUUUGCCUUCACCGUAGUUGGCCUUCCUGCACUUCUGUCUCCAUGGCGCAUCCCUUCAGUAUUCCAUUCGAGGAGGAUGGGAGCAUGGAAGAAGUUGGGAUAUGCAGCAAGAAUGGUGCAUGUGGCCAAGCUGUGCCGGAGAAAGAUCAGAAGCCCAGCACCGGAAAUUGGUUUUCUCAACGACCAACUUGCGGUGACCCAGUGACAAAGCCCCUCAGUGAUGAAGACCUUGAAGAGCUCAAAGGAUGCAUAGACUUGGGGUUCGCGUUCGGCUUCGAGGAAGAUCACAGAUUGUGCAGAACGUUGCCGGCACUAAAUUUGUAUUACGCGAUCAAUCGUCUGCCCCUGUACACGGGAGAGUAUGGAUUCACGGUUACAAACUCAGAAGACGACUCGAAGAUGAUGAAGAUGAGGCUGAAGCAAUGGGCACAAGUAGUUGCUUGCUCUAUCAGGCAGUAUUAUGGAUAAAAUCGUGUUGAAUUCUGUUUCCUUUUCUGUUUUUUGUACUCCCCAUGCCCUGAUUAUUUUUGUUAUUCUUUUUGUUUUCCACGAAAUCUGAGUUGACAUAAUUUCAAAGAGCAAAGUUUUGGAUGGUGUAUAUUCCUGGGCGGACAGCCACGCCUUUUUCUGA